CUUCUACAAGAGAAUUUCGUUUUGUCGCGAUGAAUCCUAAUCCAUAUUAUCAAAAUUGGAGCUAUGGAUAUACCCUGGCCCCUGAUACAGAGCAAUCAAGGGGCGCAUACACUAUGUAUGGCCAGGUGCAGGGAUCUAACCAAGCAAACCUCUCAACCAUCCAACCUCAUGGAGCUGGAACCUGGGCACAAAUAAAACAAGAAUACCCCAAUAGUGGAAUAAAAAACCAGAUGUUUGUGACCUCGUCUAACUCUACCCUGAAGAGUGAAGUUGAAGAGCAGAUGAUAGGACCUGUUAAACCAGCUAGUGAACCCCCAGCUCAGAUUGACCCUGUCAAGGCAUUGGCUAAGCUACAUGAACUUGCAUUCACCAACAAACUGGUCGAGAGGUUUGAGAAGGUUCAGGAUCCUGAAGCUGGAAACCCUCAGAUGACCGAAUAUGUGGUGAAGUUGUUUAUUGGAACUGAGGAAUACGAGGGGAGAGGAACUAACCUCAAGUGUGCGCGUCAAAACGCUGCUCUCAAGGCUCUGUCUAACACCAAGUACCAGACAGCUAAAGAAAAAAAACUAACCAUGUUUAAUACAGCCAAGAGAAUAGGAGUCACGGCAACAUCAGAACUGCACGAGAUUGCUGCUAAGAAAGGAGUACAUGUGGACUUUAAAUUUCUUGAACCCUAUAAUUUUGAGUUUAAACACAGUAUGAGGAUGUGGAGUAAGAAAGAUAUGCUGGGAAAUUACAGAGUACAGUUGAAUGUAGCUGGUUAUGAAUUCUAUGGACAGGCUGAGCUCCCUCAGCAGGCUAAACAUAAUGCUAGUACUCAGGCUUUACCAAUAGUCAGACAGAUGGCGGAUCCGUCAGGAGCAGGGAAAGUUAUUGCCAAGCCAGGUGGUUUACCAAUACCGGAAGAAGAGGAGUCUGUUCCGGUUUCAGGGGACGUGAAGAACACAACCAUGCUCCUCAAUGAAAUUGCAAUGACGAAUAACUGUACCCCUGAAUGGACUCUACUAUCUGAGACUGGACCAGCUCAUGCUCGGAUUUAUACCUGA